GCAGUCGAAGGGAGUGUUCUGCUGCGAUUAUAUAUUUUUGUGGAAAUUUUACUACAACUUUAUAUCAAAAGUGCCACAAGUUUUUGGUAGUGAAACGCUUCACGAUGGAGGGUGUGCUCAUCUUUGACCAGAGCAAUGAUUUGAUCUACCAAAAUUUUAAUGAUGCAAUGCGUGCCAAAAUGAGCAGACAUGCUAUCGAUCUCGGACUAAUGGAGGACGAUAAGAGGGACUCGCGCAAGGACCUGGACGCGAACGUGCUGAUCCAGAUCUUCAGCCCGCUGGUGGCCUCGCAGCGAAUUAUGAUGUGCCAAUUUGAUAAUGCGUACACGUCGGUGCAGAUGGAGAACAACCUGAACCUGGUGUUCGAUGAGUUUUUGGGAUAUUUAUUCAUAGAGAUAAGCAACAAGGAAGUAGACCAGGUGAGACGGGAGAUCGGCGUAUGCAUUUGCCUUCUCAAGCACAUUUGUGGGCCAAAUUUACACAUAAUCAAAAAUGAUACGAAAAUGUCACUCCUCCUGACCAACCUAAUAACCACCUACCGAAGGCUGUACAAGGCAAACCAGGGCAUCCUGGUGGAGGCAAUCGAGCAACUUCUCGUGAACGCCGACGUAAAAAACACCGUCGUUUCCGCCCUUCAAGGCGCAACGGAAAAGCUGAAGCAGGACCCCCACUCCCAGCGUAGUCACUCGAUCAUGUUCGUCGGCAACAAGUUUCUGUCGCUGUACAGCAGCAAACAGGCCCAGGAACUAUCCCCAGCGGACAUGCUGUUCCUGAACAUCUUCUGCCAAACGUUGGACCGCGGGGAACACUCGAAGCGGAUCGAAUCGCACGUGGUCUUCCUGCAGGGAUGCGUCGGUCAGACCACUUCCGGUUGCAUUCCCCACAUCGUGCACGUGUCGAAGCUGUUUGACGACGUGUUUCUGGUGCUGCUGAUCGAGCAUGGGAACAUUGCGCUGUCGGGCAAUCUGUACGAUGUGUUUUUCGCACUGCAAAAGAUCCAAAACAUGCAAAUGCAGAUGGAUGUGGAAAAUCUGCGGCCGGCUUUCGACAGCCUGGAGACGUACGUGAAGCACACGAUGGAUUCACUGAAGAAGCUCAAGCACAACACGACGGAAGCGGAUGAAGCGGUGCGGAAUUUUACCCUCCGGUGGGAAAAUCUGAGGAAGCGGUACGUUGAGUACUUCAAGAACAGCGACGGUGCGCUGAUUGUCACGAUCGAGUCCAACAUGCCGAUGUUUGUGGAUGCGGUCAAGGAGGUGUUCAAGCUGCUGUGCGCCGAGUGUAGCACCCUGGAACAUGGGUUGCAGCGGGUGUCGGACAUUGCGGACAUGGUCGAGGGGCGGCUUACGGAGGUGUUUAACUUUUUGCAGGUCAAAUCGCAGAAGAACUUCAGCAUGGGAUCGUAUUUGGAAGACUUUCCAGGAUUGGUUCAUUUUAUACACAUAGACAGGAACAACGGAAGGAUUGUGGCACCAGGGCUGGACCAUGAACAUCCGGAUGAUGUGCUAAAGGAACGGAUUUGGUCAAUGGUCGAGCUGUCCCGAACGUAUCUGCACAAGGGUCACACGUCAAUGAUCUGGAAGGACACUACGUUCAGCUACGGUUACUUCCUCUGGUUCGAGGACGUCAACGGGACGGCGUUGAAUCCGAAAGAGUUGCCAGAUUCUACGACCAGCUCGUCGAAGCCGUCACUGAUUGCCGGCAUUUUGGCCGGCGACUACUAUCACCGAAUGAUCGAGCAAGGUUUCCCGAGGUCGGCCCCGAGCAAAAUUCGCUGCUAUGAACUGUUCUGCGUUCACAUAGGACUGGUCACGCCGACGAACGUGCUGGAACACUGUCGGAGGCUGUCGGUCACGAUCAACGACGUGACGGGCUGCGUGGGGAAUCCUAUCGAUUUGUUGUAGAGUGGUUUACGACUGUAGAGUUAGUGGUUUUAAUUUAGCAGAAAUAAGCUCGAUUUUAGCAAUAUCAACACCAUUAAUUUAGUUGUUGAUUUUUUAUAGUCUCUGUCAGGUUUUAGGCCCUAACAAUCAAAAUCUCUCAACUAUAUCUUUAAUUUAAACAUUCCAACAACAUUCCUUUGCGUCUACUUUAGUUGAUCAAGUACUUAAUACGAGCAUGAUUGUGAAUCAUAACCGAUUGGAUUACGUUGUAUUCGUUGAAAUGUGAUAUUAUCAAUUGAUCCUUCUCGAUGUUCUUAACGGUAAAACAUAUUAUCAAAUAAAUGCGUAGCUAAACACCGUCAAA